UAACUCGAGACUUUGGAUUCAAAGUGUUACACUCACGUAGAUUUAAAAAUUUAGUAGAUCUUACGAUUUAGUUAUAUAAAUUAAUGAAUUGUAUAGAUAGUUAAGAUAACAAUGAAUUUGUAAUGCAAUUUGAUUACUUUUCUAGGAUUGCAAUAUUUUUAGAUAAAUAAAUUUGAGAGAAUUUUUUUCCCUAUGAAAUAUUUUAAUUUGCAGAUUCAAAAUGGUCCAUCAAAAUGAAUUUCAAGCCGUAGUACUUGCUGGUGGUAAAGGUUCUCGUAUGACAGAACUUACAGCAGGAAAACCAAAAUGUUUACUGCCUAUAGCAAAUAUGCCAAUGAUUUGGUAUCCACUCAAACUUUUGGAGCAAUCUAAUUUUGCAGAAACAAUUGUAAUUGUGUCGGAUGCUGUAAAAGUAGAUGUCGUUGCAGCAAUAGACAAACUUAAUUUAACCAUCAAAACAGAUGUAAUUGGAAUACCUGAUGCAGAAGAUAUUGGUACUGCCGAUUCGAUUAGAUUUAUUCAUGAUAAAAUCCAUUCAGACUUUGUAGUUAUUUCAUCUGAUUUAAUUGCGAAUAUUGACAUAUCUGAAACUUUAAAUUUAUAUCGCAAGCAUAAUGCAAGUAUAACUGCAUUAAUUCUCCAAACUCCCAAGACUCCUGAAGAUUUUGUUCAACCUGGACCCAAAAGCAAACAGAAACCAGAGAGAGAUUUAAUUGGAAUUGAUAGGGAAACGGGACGUAUUGUCUUUUUGGCAUCAGCCUCAGAUUUUGAAGAAACAAUCAAUAUGCCUAACAAGCUUCUUAAAAAACAUUCUGAUUUUAUUGUUCAUUCAAAAUUAUUAGAUGCACAUUUAUAUGUAAUUAAUAAAUGGGUUUUGAACUUCUUAAUUCAUCGUAAGAACUUUAAUACAUUGAAAGGAGAAUUACUGCCAUAUAUUGUUAAGAAGCAAUUGGAUAAACCAAACACUUCAAUGGAUGACAAAAAUGCAUCUGUUGUAAAAAUGGAUAUAAAAAAAGAUAUCUUCCAAUUCGCAGUAGAGAAACCACUUGAUAAUUUAAUUAGAAAUAUGUCAGCAUUUAACGAUCACAUAACAGAUAUGGAUGAUGCAUAUCAUGGUGAUAUUAUUAGAUGUUAUGCUCAUAUAAUAAAUGGGAAAUGUGGCUUAAGAGCUAACACUUUACAAAUGUAUAGUCUAGCUAAUGCAAUAGUAGAUAAGUGGUUCGAUUUGAAAAAAGAUGAAGUAUCAUUGUCAAACAUUUCUCCAACUGCUACUGUAAAAAGUUCUCAAGUACAAAAUUGUAUAAUUGAUGAAAAUUCAUUAAUUAGUGAGAAAACAUCGUUGAAACAAAGUUAUAUUAGUAAUAAUGUUAUUGUUAAUCCGAAAACAAGAAUAUCAAAAAGUAUUAUUAUGAGUAAUGUAACAAUUAAGGAAAGAUGUGUUAUUGAAAACUGUAUUAUUUGUAAUGAUUGUACUAUUGAGGAAGAAACUGAAUUGAAAGACUGUCUAGUUGGAGCAAAUCAUAUUGUACCACCAGGGAGUCAUCAUACUCGUGAAGUUUUAACAGAUAUUGAUAGAUUGAUGGAAAUUUAAUGAAAAAUUGGUUUUAAUAACUAUUA